AUGAGAGUUCGAGCUUCAUCCUACUGCCAUGUGGAUGAUGAUCAACCAUUGUUCUCACAGGAUACGUCCAGCUAUCGACUACAUCCGCAUGAGUAUUGUCAUGCUAUAGGCAGCAAUCUAUCCAAUUCCUUAUCAACAUUGCCUUCUGGAAGUUGUCCAGCUAAUAUGUCUAAUGAAGCUGCUGUUCGAGUUCUCGUUAAAGGUCAUACCGUCUCAGCUGCAACUCCAUCUAUCAAUUCUAUGGUGGUACCAUUAUCACGAAGGCAUGGACGAAGUUGUGAAUUGUACAAAGCAUUAGAUGAAGACGAUAAAGCUCGUACUUUUGAUAAUCCUAUAGCUCAAGUCUCCUCUGAUAUUCUUCGAGUUUCUGGAUACACGCAGCAGUUUCGAACGUUGUUAACAGCUCGCUUUUCGCCUCGCAGAGAAUCAACUCCAAGUGUGAAUGUUCUUUCUGGAGAAACAGAUGAUGAUCGUUAUGUGAACGGUGGUGUUCACUUUGACGCAAAUGUGGCGGAGGAACCAAAAAAUCACUGUGAGAACUCAACACGAGUAAUCAGAAGACGUCAAAGUGGUUACGGAUACAGUAUCUCAAGUGAAAGCACAGCAAAAAUGCGAUGUCGUCAGAGAAAGCAGUUGUUUGUUCGGCGAAACAAGGUGUGCGAUCUCUCUCUCGUUCUGGCUAUUGCUGGUCUCAUGUUUAUUAUAAUUGAUUCUGAACUCACAGCUUUAUCUGAAACUAGUCAUGUUACAAAGUCUCAUAUGAUCUCAAUAGGCUUAAGAUCUCUUUGUGUUUUUACAACAUUAUGUCUUAUGGGAUGUCUGAUUCACUAUCAUUCUAUUGAGGUGAAGCUGGCAUUGAUUGAUUCUGGUGCUGAUGAUUGGCGGGUUGCACUCAGUAUGGAUCGGGUUAUCAAACUUUCAUUGGAAUUAGCUGUAUGUGCAAUAUGCCCAUUUCCUGGGUCUGGUUCGAUACGAUGGCCAUAUAUAAAUUCUGAAACGAGACAAGUCAAUAUGAUUCUGGUUCCUGUUGAUGUACUUCUAUCUGUUCCAAUGUUCCUCCGAUCUUAUCUCUUAUGUCGCUUCAUGGUCUUACAUAGUAAACAAUUCCAGGACGCCGCAACUCGAUCUAUCGCGGCAUUGAACAGAAUCUCCAUGGACUUCCGUUUUGUGAUAAAAACAAUGAUGGCUGACCAUCCACUUAGAGUUUUGAUAGUCUUCACCGUUUCCUAUUGGAUUUGUAUGUCUUGGAUGUUCACCCAAUGCGAACGAUAUGACGGAAAUUUAGAUGUUCAACAUUAUUAUUUGAAUUCUAUGUGGUUUAUUAUGGUUACAUUUAUGUCUAUUGGAUAUGGAGAUAUCGUUCCAAAUACAUAUUGUGGAAGAACUUUGUCCAUAACAACCGGGAUUGUUGGAGCUGGAGUAUCAUCAGCUCUGAUAGCAGUCAUAUCAAGGAAACUGGAACUGAGUCGGGCUGAAAAGCAUGUGAACAACUUCAUGGCUGAUUCCAAGCUCACAAAUCAGAGGAAGAAUGCUGCUGCUUCUGUUCUUCAACAGACAUGGUUUAUUCAUAAGUAUAAGAAAGGAUUACAAAAAGGAGAUGAUUUACGUCUUCGGCAUCAUCAACGGCGUUUUCUUCAUUCAAUCAACGAGUUCCGAAGAAUCAAAUGGGAUCAACGAAAGUUACAAGAGAAAGGAAACUCUUUGUUGGAUGUUGGCAAGCUUCAUUCGGACAUGCAUGAGACGCUGUGGGAAAUGCAUCGGACCCAAGACCAUUUCAUCUCUCAGAUUGACAUGUUGACUCAGAAGAUAGUAGAACUUCAGAAUACUUUAACGGUACAAAACUCUGCAGCACCUGGAAGCUUGUGUUGUCACAGUUCAAAACCACAAGUGAAUGCUCCCAACAAUCCAUUACUACAAAUGCAGCCGCCAAUUGUGGAUCAUUCACAAUCUCAUCGGGAGCCUUUGAUGCCCACAAGUUCAAGCAUUCCUAGAAUCAAUAUAUCUUCUAAUGGUUAUCAUAAUAAUCUUAAAAAAACAGAUGACGGGACAGCUGAUAAUUCAACAUAUACAAGUUCAACCACACCUCUUAUGUCUUCUUAUGAAGACGUGUAG